GCGGCUGCGGCGCCCGCGCGAGUCGCGUCGAAGCGGCGGCGGCGGCGGUGGCGGCAGCAGCAGCAGCAGCGGAAACAAGAGGGGAGCAAUGGCGGCCGACAGCCGAGAGGAGAAAGAUGGAGAACUUAAUGUUCUAGAUGAUAUUUUGACUGAAGUACCAGAACAGGAUGAUGAACUCUAUAAUCCAGAGAGUGAACAAGAUAAAAAUGAAAAAAAGGGUUCAAAAAGAAAAAGUGACCGAAUGGAAUCUACUGACACAAAGCGACAAAAGCCUUCUGUUCAUUCAAGACAAUUGAUUUCUAAGCCACUGAGCUCAUCAGUUAGCAAUAACAAAAGAAUGGUUAGUACAAAAGGAAAGUCAGUCACAGAGUAUAAAAAUGAGGAAUAUCAGAGAUCUGAAAGAAACAAGCGUCUAGAAGCUGAUCGGAAGAUUCGCUUGUCAAGCAGUGCCUCCAGAGAACCUUAUAAGAGUCAACCUGAAAAAACUUGUCUGCGGAAAAGGGAUCCUGAAAGGAGAGUCAAAUCCCCUACACCAGAUGGUUCUGAGGUAAGAAUUGGGCUUGAAGUGGAUAGACGUGCAAGCAGAUCCAGCCAGUCUUCUAAGGAAGAAGUGAAUUCUGAAGAAUAUGGCUCUGACCACGAGACUGGCAGCAGUGGUUCUUCUGAUGAGCAAGGCAACAACACUGAGAAUGAGGAGGAAGGGGUGGAAGAUGUGGAGGAAGAUGAAGAGGUAGAAGAAGAUGCAGAGGAAGAUGAAGAGGUGGAUGAUGAUGGAGAGGAGGAGGAGGAGGAGGAAGAAGAGGAAGAGGAGGAGGAGGAGGAAGAAGAGGAGGAGGAAGAAGAAGAAUAUGAACAGGAUGAGAGAGACCAGAAGGAAGAGGGAAAUGAUUAUGACACACGAAGUGAGGCUAGUGACUCUGAUUCUGAAUCUGUUUCCUUCACGGAUGGGUCUGUCAGAUCUGGUUCAGGAACAGAUGGAUCAGAUGAGAAAAAGAAGGAAAGGAAGAGAGCUAGAGGCAUAUCUCCUAUUGUUUUUGAUAGAAGUGGAAGCUCUGCAUCGGAGUCAUAUGCAGGUUCAGAAAAGAAGCAUGAGAAAUUAUCAUCUUCCGUUCGUGCUGUCCGAAAAAAUCAAACCAGUAAACUCAAAUAUGUCCUACAGGAUGCAAGAUUUUUUCUCAUAAAGAGUAACAACCAUGAGAAUGUGUCCCUUGCCAAAGCUAAGGGUGUAUGGUCUACACUGCCAGUAAAUGAGAAGAAAUUAAAUGCUGCGUUCAGAUCUGCUAGGAGUGUUAUCUUAAUAUUUUCUGUGAGAGAGAGUGGAAAAUUUCAAGGAUUUGCAAGACUUUCUUCAGAAUCGCAUCAUGGAGGCUCUCCUAUACAUUGGAUACUUCCAGCAGGAAUGAAUGCUAAAAUGCUGGGAGGUGUCUUUAAAAUUGACUGGAUUUGCAGGCGUGAAUUACCCUUCACUAAGUCGGCUCAUCUCACCAAUCCUUGGAAUGAACAUAAGCCAGUAAAGAUCGGACGUGAUGGACAGGAAAUUGAACUUGAAUGUGGAACCCAGCUUUGUCUUCUCUUUCCCCCUGAUGAAAGUAUUGACUUGUAUCAGGUCAUUCAUAAAAUGCGUCACAAGAGAAGAAUGCAUUCUCAGCCCCGAUCAAGAGGACGUCCAUCCCGUCGAGAACCAGUCCGGGAUGUGGGAAGGCGUCGACCAGAAGAUUAUGAUAUUCAUAACAGCAGAAAGAAACCAAGGAUUGACUAUGCCCCUGAGUUUCAUCAGAGACCAGGGUAUUUAAAGGAUCCACGAUACCAGGAAGUAGAUAGACGGUUUUCAGGAGUUCGCCGAGAUGUGUUUUUAAAUGGGUCCUACAAUGAUUAUGUGAGGGAAUUUCAUAACAUGGGACCACCACCACCUUGGCAAGGAAUGACUCCUUAUUCUGGAAUGGAACAACCUCCACACCAUCCUUACUAUCAGCACCACGCUCCACCUCCUCAAGCUCAUCCCCCUUACUCAGGACAUCACCCAGUACCACAUGAAGCAAGAUACAGAGAUAAACGAGUACACGAUUAUGAUAUGAGGGUGGAUGAUUUCCUUCGUCGAACACAAGCUGUCGUCAGUGGUCGGAGAAGUAGACCCCGUGAAAGAGAUCGAGAGCGAGAGCGAGACCGCCCUAGAGACAACAGAAGAGACAGAGAGCGAGACAGAGGACAUGAUAGAGAAAGAGAAAGAGAGCGAUUAUGUGAUCGGGACAGAGACCGAGGGGAGAGAGGUCGAUAUAGAAGAUAAUGCGCUUUUGGAAGCACUGAUUGUUAAAAGAUAAAAAAAAUCUUGUAUUUUUCUUUUUGUGUGUGUUUAC